AUGAAAACAAAAUUAUUGAGUUAUUUUGAAGCUCAUUUAACAAGUUUGAUUAUAAAGAUUUUCAUUUUAUCAUCAGAAAAAUCCGAAAAAAAAGUUAUAAAAAUGUUUUGUUUUUCUUUUUUGUUAGCAUUGGUAAGGUCAGAGAUUAGUUCGAUACCAAUAAAUAACUUCUAUGGUUCAAUUUAUUGCAGUAACACAACAAUUAAAGACCUUGAAUUCAAACCAACUCUUUCUAACAAAAAUCAACCAUUUGGACAAGACAUUUCGAAAAUCCCAUUAACACGAUUAGAAUAUACAAACGAUACACUUCGAGAUUACGAUCCAGUUAAUGAAAACUUUGAUUAUUUAAACUUAAAUUUUUCAGAUACAGUUGUUUUCAAUCCUGUUGAGAUGCGAAACAUUGAAAUUGACACAUAUUCACCGACAAACUAUACAAUUCAUAUUGAAAACGUUCUCGAAAAGGAAUCUAUCAAGAUUUCACGAGUUUUUACAAAUUGUCCAUUUAUCUUCAUUGAAAAAACGAAAUCAAGUACAAUCAAACCAAGCUAA